AUGGACCAAAUGCUUCUGAAGUGCGAGCAGCCUGAAGCCGUGCUGGCAUUGCUCGUCACGCAUCGGGGCGUAUUCUUCGUGCACAACCUGGUGACCGCCAUUCAGGUUUUGGCGUCCUUGGACGAGGUCAAGGACCCAAUCGCCUUGAAUCGGCUUCUGCGGGACCCAAGAUACGACCUGCUGUUGCGGGACCUGGUCCGGUUUGUUCCCAAGCUGGACUUCCAAGCCAUGACUCACAUCGUGCACUGCCUGCAGCAGUUGGAUCACAAGUGCCCCAAGCGCGUUUUGCCCCGGUUCGCGGGUUCGGAGCCAGGGUUUCGCGGGUUUGGCUGGUGA